UUUGUCAUGAUGAUUUUCUUCUUCAACUCUUACAACCUCUCUGUCUCUAUGGUUUGACUCUAUAGGGAAAUUAACACCUAGAUGGAGAAAAUGGAAAAUGGAACGAGCACUUAUAACUACGGAGGAGUAGAAUGGAUAUGCGAGCCAUGGUUAGGUGCAAGCUCGACGGGGGUUGGGCGUGGAGACAAUCCGCUCAAGUUCGCUCUUCCUCUUCUUCUCCUUCAGAUAUCUGUCGUCUCCUUAUUUGCCGCCUUUUUUCAGUUUCUUCUCCGGCCUUUCGGAAAAUUUUCAUUCCUCACUCAGAUCCUGGCUGGGAUCUGCUUAGGACCGUCGGUUAUAGGACGUAACAAAGAGUACAUGUCGACAUUUUUCUACAGGAGAAGCAUUUACAUAAUAGAAUCCUACGAGGCCAUAUGCUUCCUCUUCAUUUGCUACGUCACAACAUGUCAAGUAGACACGAGGAUGAUAAAGAGGGUAGGCAAGCUAGCUUUCAUAAACGGGAUAAUGCUUUUCCUCAUACCCUUCGUGUGGGGCCAGUUCGCGGCCAUAAUGAUCUCCAAGAGGCUCGGAGGUGGGCCCGCGGGGAUCCCUCCGGCGGAGUUCCACCACGUGGCGAUCGUGCAGUCGACCAUGUUCUUUCAGGUGGUCUACGGAGUGUUGUCGAGCCUAAAGAUGUUGAACACUGAGCCAGGGAGGUUAGCACUUGCCUCCAUGAUGGUGCAUGACUGCCUCUCCUGGUGCUUUUUCAUGAUUAACAUCGCCGUUAAACUUAACGUUGACUUAGCCGAUAAAAAUCGAGCCUAUUUCUUGUCCGCCGCGCAGAUGCUAAUGAUAGUGGCAAUAGUGUACGUGUUCCGACCAAUAAUGCAGUGGAUGAUGAAGAGAACACCAGAAGGACACACUCUAAAGGCAUCGUACCUGUCGGUUAUAUGCGUGUUGCUUUUCGUGUCCUCACUGUGGGCAGAGUUUGUGGGCUUACCUUACUUCUUUGGUGCGGUGGUGUUGGGCCUAGCCACCCCAAAACGCCCGCCUCUAGGCACAGGGCUUUCAGAGAAAAUGGGCUGUUUCAUCUGGUCGGUCCUCAUGCCUUGCUACAUCAUCGGGAUUGGCUACAACAUCGACCUCUCUCUCUUUUCCUUGAGAGACAUUAUCCGUUUUGAGCUACUUUUUGGCAUUGUCCGCUUCGCCAAAGUCGUGGCUAUUACCUUGCCUUCCCUUUACUUUAAUGUCCCGCUCUGGCACGCCAUUCUUGUCGGUUUCAUCGUCAAUAUCCAAGGAAUCUACGACGUUCAGAUCUACAAACAGAACUUCAAUUACACGAAAAUAUCAAGAAAAUCAUUUGGAGUGAUGGUGAUGUCAGCAAUGGCAAACUCAACGAUUCUCAUAGUGAUAGUCAAGAAAGUGUACCACACCAUGAGCAAACGCAACCCUUACAAGAGACGAACGGUUCAACACUGCCGAAUGGAGGCUCCGCUGAGGAUCCUCGCUUGUUUCCGGCAGCGGGAGGCGGUCCGUCCGGUGCUCGACCUGGUCGAACUCUCUCGUCCAGUCAUCGGAUCUCCUCUCUCGGUGUUCGCCGUGAACCUAGAGGAGCUCAAUAACCAUAGUCUUCCUCUUCUUAUCCAUCACACGCAAGAGAUAAGUCCCUUCAUCGUGCCUAGCCGAAGAGACCAGAUCGUUAAGGCCUUCCACAACUACGAGAAGACUAAUCCGGAGACCGUAUUGAUAGAAUGCUUCACGGCUGUGGCCCCUCGGAAGACGAUGCACGAGGACGUGUGCACGAUUGCCUUUGACCAGGAGACAGAUCUUGUGGUCCUAACUCUUGAUGCCGGGAUCGAGUCUUGGGAGAGGCAGUUGUGUCGGAAUCUCCUGCAAAACUGUCCUUGCUCCAUCGGGCUCUUCAUAGACCGAGGAAGGCUCCCUGAUUUCAGGUUCGUUCCCAUCAAAAAGCUUAGCAUCAACAUCUGUGCCAUCUUUUUGGGCGGCCCUGAUGACCGCGAGAUGCUUGCGUAUGCUACACGCUUAGCCGACCAUCCCAGCGUCCAGCUCCAUGUCUUCCGGCUCCUGGACCAGAACGGCGCCUCUCCGCUCAGAGACAUGGUCGAGAGCAAGCACGACAUGAGAGUCAUCAACAUGUUCCGCAAAGAGAAUUCCGACAAAAACAUCGUCUUCAGAGAGGUAAGAGUGGAGGAAGCAGUGGAUCUAAUGGAGCUGCUAAGGAAGGAGGGAGACGACUUCGAUCUGAUGAUGGUCGGCAUAAGACACGAAGACAAUCUAAUGAUCCUUGAAGGAUUGUCAGAAUGGAGCCAUAUGAAGGAAUUAGGAGAGGUCGGAGAUUUGUUGAUCUCCAGAGAUCUCGAGCUCUCUGUUUCGGUUCUCGCAGUCCAGCAAUGAGCCUCCACUGUUUUUCUUUUCCUCUGCGGUUUUAUGGAUGUGUACACCCUUUUGUACGUUUUUUAGAGGUUAACUUUGUAGAAUGUUUUUGUCUUCUUCAUUACCAAAAAAAAAAAAAAAAUGAACCGAUUACUG